CAGGCGCUUAUCGGACAACCCUCAGUGGUGGCUCGGGGACCUAUAAUAGUGACCAAUAUGGCGACUCCCAGUGGAAGGGAAUAUCUGCAGAUCCCCAAUUGCUGAGGCUGUUUUCCGGAAAAUGGCCACAGACAAUGGGGUGGUGGACAAGUGGAGAAUAGACAGUGCCGCCACAUCCACCUAUGAGAUCGGAAACCCCCCGGAUCACCGCGGCCAGGCCUGCAUGAAGCGACAUGGCGUGUCUAUGAGGCACGUGGCACAGCAGGUCACCAAAGACGACUUCAUGACUUUUGAUCACAUCCUCUGCAUGGACGAAAGCAACUUGAGAGAUCUGAACAAGAAGGCAAGCAGCGUGAAAAACAGCAAAGCCAAGAUUGAGCUGCUCGGCUCCUACGAUCCUGAAAAACAGCUUGUUAUCCAAGACCCGUACUAUGGGAGUGAUAAAGACUUUGAGACGGUAUAUGAACAGUGUGUGAGGUGCUGCAAAGCCUUCCUGGAGCAGCAUUCAUAACACACACACACACCGCGACCAUCCCCUGAAACCUGCAACGCCUCAUCACGAGAUGCUCGAAUGUAAAUAUCCAUUUGAAAUAAGUGUCUUCAUAAGCAGAACACACAAACCAAACAAUAGCAGCGUAUAGAGAAGCACUUUGUCUUUAAUUGUAAUGAAAUGUCAUAGGAUGCUUGUUUGAGCAGCUGUAAACUUCUUUUGUUGACCAUACUCUCUGAAGAGAGUAAAUUCACCAAAAUAAACCGGCUGAAAAUGCUGAAAUCACUUUUGCCUUUCC